AUGCCCAAGUGCCUCAAGUGCUACUGUGGCGCACUGGGGACGGGGCCCCGCGACCCCCAUGAACAGUUCUUCGGGGACGCGUACCCGCGACUACGCAUCCCCGGCGGCAUCGCGGUGCGGCAGGGCCAAGGGCAGGGCGACCGCAGUGCCGCGGAGAGGUGGUGGGCCGAGGCGGUGGCAGUCCCAGACGCGAACGGCUGCGCCAUCCCGGCCCCGCGGCUGCGGCCGUGGCUGGAGCCCAGCAGGCUACCCAGCACCGGCAUCGACAGCGUCCGCCAGUUCCAAAGGCCGCGCCGCCAGCCCUCGUCGCAUCACCACCACCAGGCGGAGCUGGACUCGGGGUUCCUGCACCUGCCCAAGGCCGCGCUCACCAACUUCCCGGACGGCGACCAGGCGUGCGAGGCGCUCAAGAACGCCAGCCUGCUGCAGCAGGUGCUGCCCGUCGUGGUGGAGCAGCCGUGCCCCGUCAAGCUCAACAGCGUGGUCGACCCGCGCCGCGUCUGGCCCGCCGAGCUGCUGGCCGCCGAGUGCGCCUGCCUCGGCUCCAGCUGCAGGUCCAGGACGGCCUUCGUGUGCACGCAGCUCGUGGCCCCCGUGGUGGUGGUGACGGUGGACGACGCGGGCCAGUACAACCAGCACCGCCAGCUCGUGCCGUCGGGCUGCCGGUGCAUGUCAGCGCGCGCCACCAUGCCGAUCGAUGACGACGUCAAGUAG